CCGAGCUUCAAAGCGCAGCCAGUGACAGUCAUCUGUCUGGACGCGCUGGGUGGAUGCGGGGGGCUCUUGGGAACUGGGUUGGAGCCGAGCUAGCGCUAGCCAGGCGCAAGCGCGCACAGACUGCAGCCACCCGAGGACCUCCCCCGCCCAGGCCACCCGGGGACCCCCGCACAGAAUCGCUUCUGGAUCCCUGGCAGUCGGCGGGAGAUGACGACGAUGACGAAGAGGAAGAUGAAGAGGAAGAAAUUGACGUGGUGACCGUGGAGAAGCGGCGGUCCUCCUCCAACAGCAAGGCUGUCACCACCUUCACCAUCACCGUGCGUCCCAAGAGCGCAGCCCUGGGCCCGGGGAGGGCCGCCUCCGGGGAGCUGAUCCUCAAGCGCUGUGUCCCCAUCCACCAGCAGCACAACUAUGCCGCCCCCUCGCCCUACGUGGAGAGCGAGGAUGCACCGCCCCAGAAGAAGAUCAAGAGUGAGGCGUCCCCGCGUCCCUUCAAGAGUGUCAUCCCCCCAAAGGCUAAGAGCUUGAGCCCCCGCAACUCUGACUCGGAGGACAGCGAGCGCCGCCGGAACCACAAUAUCCUGGAGCGCCAGCGCCGCAACGACCUGCGGUCCAGCUUCCUCACGCUCAGGGACCACGUGCCAGAGCUGGUGAAGAACGAGAAGGCCGCCAAGGUGGUCAUUUUGAAAAAGGCCACCGAGUACGUCCACUCCCUUCAGGCCGAGGAGCACCAGCUUUUGCUGGAGAAGGAGAAGUUGCAGGCAAGACAGCAGCAGUUGCUAAAGAAAAUUGAACACACUCGGACUUGCUAAAUGUUUCUCAAAACUGGACAGUCACUGCCACUUUGCACAUUUUGAUUUUUUUUUUUUUUUUUUUAAACAAACCUUGUGUUGACGUUAAGAAUGUUGGUUUACUUUCACAUCGGUCCCCGUCGAGUUUGGAUCUGGGUGGGGAGCAGGACAUGUGGGUUCCACCAGGACCUCAGGAGAGGGCCUGCGUGAUGGGAUGCUGGGUGGCCCUUAGAGUUUCCUCCAUGUCACCUUCGAGCCGGCCGUCGAAGUUCGUGACAGUUGGGAGCCUCGGGGGCUGUUGAAGUCACCUUGUUUGUUCCAAGUUUCCAGACAACAGAAAGUCAUUCCUUCUUUUUAAAAUGGUGCUUAAGUUCCAGCAGAUGCCACGUGAGGGGUUUGCCGUUUGAUACCCCUGGGGAACAUUUCUGUAAAUACCAUUGACACACCUGCCUUUGUAUACGUCCUGGGUAAUGAGAGGUGGCUUUUGCGGCCAGUAUUAGACUGGAAGUUCAUACCUAAGUACUGUAAUACCUCAAUGUUUGAGGAGCAUGUUUUGUAUACAAAUAUAUUGUUAAUCUCUGUUAUGUACUGUACUAAUUCUUACACUGCCUGUAUACUUUAGUAUGAUGCUGAUACAUAACUAAAUUUGAUACUUAUAUUUUCGUAUGAAAAUGAGUUGUGAAAGUUUUGAGUAGAUAUUACUUUAUCACUUUUUGAACUAAGAAACUUUUGUAAAGAAAUUUACUAUAUAUAUAUGCCUUUUUCCUAGCCUGUUUCUUCCUGUUAAUGUAUUUGUUCAUGUUUGGUGCAUAGAACUGGGUAAAUGCAAAGUUCUGUGUUUAAUUUCUUCAAAAUGUAUAUAUUUAGUGCUGCAUCUUAUAGCACUUUGAAAUACCUCAUGUUUAUGAAAAUAAAUAGCAAUUAAAUGA